AUGUUCCAGACUUCAAGAAAUCAGCUCCUCUACCUCAGUCCUCUGGGCGUAUGGGGUCUCUGGGUAUAUGCAUCAUUCAACGGCAUGUUCCGCCGCCUCGAUGCACUAACAAAGACACUCCGUUUCCCAGACGGCAGACCACUGCGCUCCUCAUACACAGGCCUUGCACCGCUAGAUGCCCAGCUUUCUCUCGUCACUGCAUUCUACGACGUCCUCACAAACUCCCUCAGCUCCGGCCCGCGCUUGUUGUUCUUUGACAUUAAUUACGUCGUUGCAGGCGCAAACUUAUGGGCGCUUAUUGAAUCUCGUCGUCGUGGCGUGCGUUCCUUAUUCCUGAGGUAUCCAGUGUGGGCAAUGGCUCUCUGCAACUUCAACGGCGCUGCUAUUGUUCUACCUUUGUACAUGUUUCUGCUCAGCCGUAGCAAGGCACGCAUACGCGACUCUAGUGUGCCACUUCAUGAUGCGGUGGCGAUGCCAGUGGCAGCUAAGGUGAUGCUCCUUCAGCCGCUACUCAUUUUUGCACCGGCAUGGCUGGGCUUCGGUGGAAGCGAAACUCAUCAUGGGUUGAUUGCCCUGUUUCAAGUGACCCCUGUCCUUAUUCUUGGCUUCUAUGUCAGCCUUGUAUCAAUACUUCCUCAACGGCCUGUCACACCAACAUCAUCCAGAAAAGCCAAAAGGUGGAUCGUUGCGUCCCUGAUACUUGCUGGAAUCGUCGCUUCGGCCGUCCACAUAUAUACUGCGAUCGGUGCACUACGAACCCACGACAAGGAUGCGUCCCUCACGAGACUCUUUGUUCCUGCCUCGGGUUUCACUGAUCCGGGCACGAUCCUCAAGAUUACCGAGGGAAGAUUGGCAGAGUAUGCCGCACUGCUGGAAAACCUCCACCUGUUUUCCCAACGGGAUUGGAUCGUUGUGUGUCUGGCGGCAGUGGUAUCUGUCCACUUGUUCCUUUAUCUUCGGGAUGGACUCAAGGUCAACAAGUCUACAUCGCCACACGAGGUCCAGGAACUAGUCUAUCUUGUAGUACCUACAGCCGUUCUCUGGCCUGGAGGUGCUGGUUUAUUUGCACUUGCAAUCCGAGAAGCUAGGAUCUGA